UAUUAUGUUUCAUGAUAAAUUGGUCUCAAACAGAAGACAUUUAUGCUUAUAACAGAGAUAGAAUAAAACGUGAAGAUUUUAGAGAUGGAAAUCAUCGCUCUGAAGUUCAGAAAUCAGGACCUGAUGUCACAAAUUCAAUUGGAGGGGCACAAAGGACUGAAGAGAGUCGACAGUUGGCAGAAGCCCAGCAUCGCAUACGAGACCUGGAAGCCAAGCUACGGCGAACAGUUUUAAAAAGUGCAAGUGUCUUAUGGGAAAAGCGGACCUGGGUGACUGGUGGAGCAGGCUUUGUGGGGUCUCACCUAGUAGACCAGUUAAUGCUGGCAGGACAUGAAGUAAUAGUUGUUGACAACUUUUUCACAGGACGUAAACGCAAUGUGGAGCAUUGGAUAGGUCACGAGAAUUUUGAACUCAUCCACCAUGAUAUUGUGAACCCUCUUUUUAUUGAAGUGGAUGAAAUUUAUCAUCUUGCAAGUCCUGCUUCACCUCCACAUUACAUGUACAAUCCUGUGAAGACAAUCAAGACAAACACUGUUGGAACUAUUAACAUGCUAGGUCUUGCCAAACGUGUGGGUGCAAAAGUUUUGAUUGCUAGUACAUCUGAAGUCUACGGGGAUCCGGAGGUUCAUCCUCAGCCUGAAACAUACUGGGGUCAUGUAUAUGGUCAUGGGAAGCAGACGAGAUCUUUUCAAUAUGUUUCUGACUUAGUAGAUGGGCUGAUUGCACUUAUGGCUUCAAACUAUACACAGCCAGUCAACUUAGGAAAUCCUACUGAACAUACUAUAGAAGAGUUUGCUGUGAUAAUAAAGGAGUUGGUGGGUGGCCCUAGCCACAUUCAGCAAGUGGCUGCUGUGGAGGAUGAUCCACAACGCAGGAAACCUGACAUAUCACGUGCCAAAAGAAAUCUUGGCUGGGAACCUAAGGUGCCUCUCAAUGUGGGAUUGCGUAAAACGGUGAAGUAUUUCUCCAGAGAGUUGCAGCGUACUUCUCAUGCCGAGCGUAAUGUGUACACACCUGCUUUGGCCAUUGAUGCAAAUAAAGAACUGGCAGAUACACAUGAACCAUGAAGAGAAAACCUUUUUAAGCGGGUGUUUCUUGAAUACAUCUCUUUCUUAAUUUUCUACUGUCCAUUUUUAUUUAAUAUUAGUUGUACGAUUUUAUAGAACAUCUCUAAACGUUCUUAGUUGGUCAACCCCUCAUCUCAGAUUAUACAACUAUUUUGAAAAUUUUAAUUUAGAGAAUUUGCAAUAUUUUUUCAUUAAUAAACCUUCUGUUCUCUUAUAAAAAAACAUGGUCUUUAGCUUAACUUGCAACCCAUGUCUGGAAACACCACCUCUUGUUUUGGCAAUUUGGUGAAGUUUCAAAUACCUUUGAAUAAUUAUUAUUAUUGUUAUAAAUAAUGAAGAGCUUGGCAGUAAUAUUUCACCAGAUAUCUUUCUGAUUUCUUUUUGAGAAACUUUCAUUAAAUAAUAAUUAUUGUUGCGUUGGUGUUAAUAAAUUGAAAACAGUUAUAACUUCCCUCCACAUCUUCAGUAUUACAGUUUGUUUCUUAAGCAUACUGGACAGAAUCACCUAAAGAGACGUUUUGUUUCUUGCUCAUGUCUCUGGUCACCCCUCUCCACCCCACCCACUGUGUGCAGCACGAAAAGCUUCUUGCAUGUGAGCCACGUAUCUGCCCACCAUAACUCUUGAAUGGGAAAAACAGAGAAACAGAAAAGUUGCUGCAGCUUAUGACCUGAUGGUCACCUUCUCUGCUGUCUUGACGUGUGAAGCACGGCUGUUUUAAAAGGUGGCAAUAAAUAUGCUGUUGCUGAAUUGCCAAAGCAAGAACAAGUGCUCUCAGACUUGGGUUGCAAGUUAACCUAAGACUCUGUGUAUCAUUCCUUUGGAAGGUCAAGGUUUCAGCUGACAAAUUUACAAGAAAAUAUUGAAAGUUAAUAUCAAAACAUUCUGCCUGAUUUCUGCUACAAGAACAACUUACGCUGCAAUCUGUGAGCAAAUAGCUACAGUAAAAAUCACUACAUUUAGUAGAAAGAUGACUAAACAAUGAUUUAAAGAAACUGUGACAUACAUUUUCUCGAAUGUAUUGAAAUGUUUGAUGGAACCUUGUCAUUUCGAAAGGCUGAUAUGCACAUCCUCAGAAGCUUAACUAGAAACUACAAUGAUGACAUAUAUCUAACGAAGUUUAAAUUGUUUUGCAGAUCAUACAGGAUUUUUGAUAUAUGUGAAGUUUUCUCUCUGCAUCACAUAUGAUUCCUAUGUACAUGAAUACAAAAGUAUUUUGUCAAGUCCAUGAAUCAGACAUGUUUAAUACAUUAUGAAGUCACUGUGGUUGAGACUAUCAUUAGGUUUUGGUGUUCAUUAUUAGCAAGAGAGCAAAGAGAGAAAUAGAUGCAUCAGACCAACUGCCCAGUAAUCAGUCACUAAAGAAAAUAUCAAUGAGACAAUACAACAAAAUUUUACUUGAAUUAGUUGUGUCAGCAACUGGAAACACAUUUUUGAUUUUAAAUGAAUUACAAAUUAUUUUUGUGCUCUUGUUUUUCAAUUGCCCACUUUCAAUACAGGCUGUGAUGUUGAUGUUGUGUUGUGAAAACAUUGUUGGGACAAACAAAACUUUUUCCCAGUAGUCAAUCCCAGCGCCAACCUCUUAUCUAUGAAAUUCAUGGACAUGUGCACAUGGAAAAAUUCAUAGGAAAAGACUCGGUGGUUGUUACAAGAAUCACAAUUAGCAAGAAGAAAUAUGAAAUUGACUGCAAAACAUGUCAACAUUGAAAUUGACAGCAAUCCAUUUUGUAUGAAAUGUUUUCAAAAUCAACAUAAAAGUAAUUCACUAUUUUUAUUAUUUCACACCAUAUAAGGUUUCAUUAAUUUUAAAAUAAAAUUGAGAAUAAGAUCUUUUUCUCUCUCUCUCUCUCUCUUUCUCUCUCUUUUUAAUAUAUAAACAAUAUUUAAGAAAUCAAUCUAGCCCAUGAAUUUCAUAGUCUAAAAACAACAUUUUUCUUAAAGUUCGUGUUCUAUAUUACAAGUUUUCAAAGUAUCAAAAGUCCAAUUUUUAAAAUUUUCAUUAGGAAGAGUACUACACAGGAAUCGUGUAUGAAGCUUGAAUUGUAUAAAAUCAUGUGGAUAAUAUUUAAUUCCUUGGUUUAUGAAUGUGAUAAUUUGUUCAUGUGAUUUUUUGUAGAUGUGUGUGCUAAUGAUUUUCUCUUAUAUUUGUGUGUCGAAGCAGUAAAUUUUAUAUAUAUAGCUAAUUUUGAUCAGUUUAUUUUUCUGUGGUUUAGUUUCUACUAAUGUAUGUUAACUCAUUUUGCUUUAAAGGAGAUGUAUUUUAAAUUCAUAUUUAAUAAGAAAGGUGAAGGUAGGCUUCAUUAAAAUGUGUAUUUUGUUUAAAAUUCAUAUAAUAGUUUUACUUCCUUAAAUGCCGACAUUGCCAUUAGAAGUAAAACCUGUAUAAAUAGAAUGAAAGUGAGAGAGCCUUAAGGCUAAAUGAAAUAUAAAUAAUUGGAGAUGAGCAUCAAUAGUUUAGUUUCUUCUUUUUGUACAUUUUAUUUUCUUGUAUGAUAUAGAUUCAGUUUUGUAUUUAUUGUUUUUUCCUUAUGUCAUUGUAUGGUAUUAAUAUUAGUAGUUUGGUUGUGUUUGACCAGACAUUUAAAAUUAGCCAUAAUCUAUUUUAUCUCUAUUUAUUCAUGAUUUUUUUUUCAUGUUCAAUUGUUCUGUAGUCAUGUUUCUAGUCUGACUAUUUGUUGAUUUUCUAGAGAUUUUAUUUUGAAAUGAAUUUUAUUUUAGAGUUUUUAUAUGAGUUCUUGAAUUUUAUAUUUGUGAUUUUGUACACAUGCUGUUCUGUAGCAAUUCUGUCUUGUGUAAGAAACAUCUCUACAUAUUGUUGAUUAUUACCUGCAAGACUGGAUUACUUAUUGUAAGAUUAUACUGCUAUGCAAACUGCUUAUAAACUUUCUUACUCUGUGCAAAACACAUGAAAUUUAAGAAGCAGAUUAUGCUGAAGCUUUGACUGGUUCCAUCUAACAUUACUUCUGUCUAUUGAAGAAUACUGUGCAGAAUUGAAGGUAGUUUUUUCAUAUUUUUGGUAAGGGAUUGCCACAUUGUUUCAAAGCUUUUAUAAUAUGUAUUUAAUAUGUAUAUGUAUGUAAAGUAUGAUAUGAAUUGCAAAUGUUUUAUAUUGAUAUAAGAUAGAAUUUAUUUUUAAAUUCUGGAACUGCGAAUAGUAUUCAGACAUAGUUGUCAGUACUUAGGUGUUUUUUAGAAAAAAUUGUGAUUGGAAGUUUAAGAGAACUGCAAACUCUGCAUGUUGUUUAAGUUCCAUUAACAGUAGAGUUCCGUGUUAACUUUGUAUGUUUCUUGGAGAAUCAUGUAAUGUACGAGUUCCUUAAAACAUUUUUCACUGUAAGAUGGUGUUGUAUAAUUUGGGUGUUGUAGUACUUUUGUAUUUGUUAUUAAAAAAGAUAAUGAACUUGUAAUUUAACAUAUCUGCAGACUGAAAAAAUAUACUGGUUUACUGUGUAAGAGUAUUGCUUAAAUUGUGUAUUAGACAAAUAUUUGGGCAUUUGGGAUAAAAAAUAUCCUUGUAAUUAAAGAAAUCAUCUGUUAAAAAAGAUAAUAAUAUUGCCCCUUCACUUAACUAAUAGUACAUUCCACAUACAUUUUCCCUUUUUUAAUUAGUAUUGAGUUUAAUGUUUUGUUAGUCACGCAUCCUUUGAUCCUUACCCAUUUUCCUCCUGAACCCUACAAUUCUUUUAAUUCAGGACUUUUGAAACUUUGACAGUAGGAUAUUCAUUUAGUGUGCACUGGAAGACCUCUCUUUUUCUCCAUUUGUGACUUUUAAUUGAUUCUUGCAGAUAAGCAUUUUCCAGAUCGCUCGAAAUAUUUUUAAUUCCAGAUAUACCUGAAAAUUAACUUUUAAACAUUGUUGUUGUUUUUUUUUCUUGUAAAUUAACCCUCAGAUGCAGAAAUGCGGCCUUUAAGCCCAGUUCCUUUUUUACUGCACCAAUUCUCGAGAACUACUAAAUCUUCAGAAGCAGUCAUCUCUAGAGUUUGGAAAAAUAUGUUGUAUGAAAUGGCAAAAUAUAUAAUAUUAUUAAAAAUAAAUAAAAUAUAUAUAAUCUAAUAAAAGUGAUAAGAUUAUGCAAAAAGGGAUAUACUAAAUUUUAUGGCAAACUAUUCUCUUAAUUGUAGAACAUUAACAAAGAAACAAAAUAAAUGUACACUAUCUGAAAUUAAAUUAACAAAAUAAGUUGUUACACUAAUUUUAAAAAUAAAUAAUGCUUCUACUGAAUUUUAUUUUUUUAGGAUUAAAUUUGUAUCAUUGGUAGCAGUGAUAGCCAUUGUGAACUCAAUGACCAGCAAACAAUCUCAGUAGCAUAUACUAUAGUGUUUUAUUGUGCUAUACAUGUGCGAUGAUUGUCUGUUAUUCUUUCAUAAAUUGGGAUUAAAGAUCAAGAAGCAUGACAUCACU